AUGGAUCAAGAAAUCUGGAGAUCUCUGCAACAGCUUACCUUGGGUUCUGAUCAAGCUCCACUACAACUUCAGCCAGAAACCAGAAGUCGAACAGCCAGGAACAGUCGGCUUACCCUUAUUGUCAAGGGUCUCAACCCUAGUCAUCAAAAUCUCAAGCCGAUGAAGAGUACACUCCCUGUCGCAUGGAAGAUGGAGGGUCGAGUUUUAGGGCAGGUUAGAAUCUAUAACCUACCAAAUGAGCAUCGAAAUGUCCAAACUGUUAGAGAUAUUGGGAAUUCAUUAGGUGUUGUUGGAGAAGUCAGAAUUAGGGAGCCUAAUGGAGAAGUCCCUGCUGAUGUCAGAGUUCGUGUUAGGACGGACAUUGAUGCAAAGCUUAUCUUUAAUCGCUAUGUGGAGCUUAAUGAAGGGGAGGAUCCAGUCCUUAUUAGAUUUGAGUAUGAUAAGCUCAGGAAGUUCUGUAGAAGAUGUGGUUUUCUGAGGCAUGAAAACAUCGUAUGUCAGGAGAUUGUUAUCUAG